AGGCGAAAGACGAAAGGCUGACGGGAAGAAAAGGAAACGAAAAAAGAAAUCCGCGACUCCGCGGCGGGCCACGUGAUUUGGGCAGUCAGGCCAGCACGGGGGGCGAGAUGGGAGGCAAAUUACCAUCACAAUUUCAAUUUGGCAUUGAAAUUGAAAUGGCAUGUUGUCCAAGGGGGGCUCAGGCAUCCAUCGGCAUUUGUCGUUCAGAAUCCAGAUCUCCACGACUCCAAUUUCAUUUGAGCUCCCUUCUUUUUUCUGCUGGCGCUGCUUCUGAUCGCCCAAUAUUACCCGAUCGGGGAUCAUCGCGGUCCUCCCACGGCGGCGAUUCUCUCUGUACAACUCGCCCCUAUUCAUCGAUCUCGUCGGAAUUUCAUAGGGACGGCACCUGACAGGUCUGGUCGAAACCCACUGCGCUCUUUUCCAGUCUAGAUACUCGAUUGCAUCAUCGAUUCUACAUCGCUCGGCAGGCCGCCUGGCAGUUCCGAGGAUCGAGCUCGCAUUCCAGAGCUGUCUCUCACCUUCAAUUGGUGAGCCCAACAAGGGGCGUCGAUUACUGAUCUUUCAUUUCAGACAUGAUUUAACGCAUGCCUGGUCUGUCUGGUUUGGAGUCGGCUGUCAUCGGCGACAAUCAGGAAAAUGCCCGCGGCUUCCUACAUCCUGCACCGUUUGAGCACCACACGCCCAUCUAGAGGAUAAAAUCGAUCCGGAGAUUGUCUUAAUCUACUCAUCCUUACGAUCCCUUCCCCACUGAAGAAUCGAUCACCCAAGACCCAUGCUGCCACUUGGGAAACCGUCUCCACUUUUGGACGCAGCGUCCGCCGUAGCCCCAGAGCAUGGCGCCCGCCAUCGCUUCGCCGUCAACAUCUCACCUGAAUGGACCACGCAGCAGUACGUCCCCGUCGGCUUCACUGAGCCACUCAUAGGAAACCAAUCAGCCAUGUCUGACCUUGCUCCGUGGGCAGUUCCGUUCUAGGAGGCUUCCUCAACGUGAUGAUCCUGUCUGCUGCGCAGAAAUUCAUCGCGCAGGAAUUCGGUGGCGCCCGAUACCCCGACCCCAUCCAUGUCUUCGUGCAGUUUUUGAAAACGGUGGUCCCGGGCCUGGUUUCGUUGCGUUGCACCUGCCUGCGCGUAUCCUCACGCCAGUGUGUUGUGAGGGUAGAACUCACGCAAACGAGAUCUCAGGCCCCAGCGCGGGGUUCUGCAUCAACGGUCGCUCCAGAGCAGCCUGCGGCCGUAGCCAUCGUGACGUAUGCGGAUAUGGCCAAGGAGCAGGGGCUUACGCAGGACCCAUCCUCGAUUGGCCCGAGUCAAUUUCCCGACCGCGUCCGAGAUUGUGAGGUCAUCGACGACCCGGUUGUCGAUGCCACUCCUGUCACCAGCAAGCUGAACUGGCGUGCGCCCCGCGCAUCAAACGGGCUAUGGGGCCAUAGACUGGGAGGCCAUCAGCGGGAGGUGUGGGUUUCAUUUCAGGAUGGGUCCGCCAUCUCGGAUAUCCUGCAUCUCGCGCUGCUGUCUGAUAUGCCCCUGCAGCCGCCCGCAACCCACCAGCCAAAGUUCUACGAUCAGUAUGGCCUCUCCACGCUCUGCCUGUCGGUGGAGUUCAAGAAACGGCCGGACCCGUCGACGCAAUGGGUGCUGGUCAAGUCGAAUUCCAAUAGCGUAUGUAAUGGCCGGUAUGAUGUGCAGGUGCAGAUUGUGGCGGAAAAUGGGGAUCUGCUUGCUUUGAGUCACCAUGUCCUGCAUAUUUUUGGUUUGCGAGUCCGGGAGAAGGCGAAGAUCUGAGUGGGGGAAGCGUGUAAAGAAGCUAGUGCUAUUCUCGUCCCUGCUGGACCCAAAUUACGUAGCUUUUGUCGAUGCAGUGUAAGACAAUCAUUAUCAUGAACUGUUGACCCCAGAUGAAG